AUGUCUGAGCAAGAAACAAAGACUACCGAGGAAUCUAACAUUGGCGGAAAUCUCGACGCUGCCGGUUCUGCUGCAGGCUCAGGAAGUGUGGGUGUCGACGCUUCCUCAAAACGGUCCGAAGAAAAACGAAAACCAAAGAAGCUGGGCCAGAAAUCGGCCGAGUCCACUCCUGCAAAAGCCGACAAUCAACCCAAAGUCGAAGCCAACGGUGACGCCGAAGCUCCAGAAACCCCCAAAAAAAUGGACCAACAGUCUCGCUCCAAAUCGCGACAAGGCAGCCGCACUCGCGGCCGAGGAUCAAGUCAACCACCCAGCGAUACAGACAGUGCUUAUCGGAGCGAUGUCUCACAGAAGGGCAAACGGAAUAGGAAUCGUAACCGCGGAAAGGCCCAGGCUCAAUCGCAAGCCCAAACACAACAAGGCGGAGGCCCACUGGGUGCCGUCGAUGAAGUUGGAGAGACCGUCGAUGGCGUCGUAGACGGCGCCGGUGGCCUCGUCAACGACACUGCCGGCAAGGCCUUGAGCAAACCAACGGAGGCUUUGGGUGGCCUCCUCAGCAACAAGAAGAAGGGCGGCGGCCAGGUCCAGGGCGAAGGAGAGGAAAAGGAUGAGGGUGAGAAUGAGCAACUGAGAUUGAGACUUGACUUGAACUUGGAUAUCGAGGUCCAGCUCAAGGCCAAGAUCCACGGCGAUUUAACUCUUGGCCUAUUGAAUUAG